CACAACCAUCACCACCACUACCGUGUCUCUGUGUUCACUCCGAUGCUGGGACGAACAAGCCGCAGGGACGAUUCGUCCGCGUUCAGAGCCGUUGGCGCGCCCUUGUCAUCCUCAGCCAAGGGCAAGGUGGACCACUUUGCUGCUGUCGAGAGGCGGCUCGUGCCCAGGUCGCAAAGAGCCGGCUCUCCUGCGUCGUCGUCGUCCUCAUCCUCGUCGGGCGAGGGAGAGCAAGACGGCGGGGAUGAUGAAGGUGAAGUAGCGGGCCCGUCGUCAUCGCCUGCUUCCUCGUCGGCAAGCGAAACUUUUCGUCUCGGAGAUGCAGUCUACACCAAGUCGAACAUCGCUCACCCCAACCUUGGCAUCCUCACCGACAUUUGGCGCCCAGAGCAGGAUGACGAAGACGAGGAAGAGGAUCAAAAUGGCGACGAGACAAUUCUCUGCCGCGUCCGCUUCCUCUAUUGGCCGCAGGACGUCUCCCAAGUGACCGCCAAGAAGCUCGGAGGACUGAUCGAAAAGGAUGAGGUCUACUACACCCACACCGCUCCGCGACGACCGGGGAGAAAGACCAAGAACUCGCUGCGGUACGGCCAGGACAUUGACGACGGCUUUGAGCGCGGGCCAUCGCUGCUGGAAAUGACGAUCAACGUCGAGUCGAUCCUGGGAAAGACUUCAGUAUGGGCCUCGCGCGAGGAGUGCGAGGAGGCGCAAAGUGCCAAAGCACCUGCGGAAAGGCAGCUCACCUUCAAACGAAAGAAGUGGAGCACCGACGUCUUUGUCAAGCGGGCCAUCGAUCCGAUUCGGGAAGUCUUUUGGAACGUCGACUGGAGGGCCGUCGAGGGGAGGGGAAGACAAUGCGGGAAGUGGGAUUUGGCCGAAGGGGAUGACGGAUCGAAGGUCCGGAAAGCGGCGGGGGACAGCGACACCUUCUCGCCGCUCGAGACGCCAGGCAAGAACGCAAACGAAUGGGCGCUGAUCUUGACUCGCGAAUUUGGCAUCAGACGUGUCGACAGCGAUGAGCCGAAGAGACGGAGGAAGCGGGAUCCAGUCAUAGACACGCCCAGCAAGAGAAGAGGGCCGACGAAGACCAAGCUCAAAGCAGGCAAGCAGACGCGCCGAUCUCUCUCUCCGGCUUCAGACAGCGACAGCGAGAGUAGUCUCAGCGAACUGGACGGUGACGAUGGAGGUCAGGAUGCCUUUACGUUGGAUUCGUCCGACCACGGGUCUGACUCGGACGACUCAACGGCCAUCACCUCUGAGGAGGAGGAUGGUGAGACUGACGAUGGGGGCGAGUUCGAGGACGGGGACUCGGACGAAGAUGGUGGCGAUUAUCUGUCAACGAAGAGAAAGCGAACAAGGGGACCUACAACGCCGAGGAAGCGGCGUGUCGUCCUUGCUGAUUCGUCGCCCGUCAAGGCCUAUGCGACGCCGCGGUCUCGGGCGAGGAUUCUUGGUCUGAAGCGCGCCACGGCAUCGGCCGUCUCGCUCCCCGCCCAAGCGCCCAAGAUGACAUCGCUCUCUCUUGAUGAGCUGAGGUCCAUGUCUGCACAGGACCGUGCAAAGCGGCUUCUCCACGUCGGCGCCACGCCAGAGGCGCUGCCGUGCAGAGAAGAGCAGUACGAUGAAGUGCUUGCGUGCGUUGAGGAUGCUGUCGAAGAAGGCAUUGGCGGCUGCCUUUACGUGUCGGGCGUUCCAGGCACGGGCAAGACGGCAACGGUGCGAGAGGUGAUUCGAUCGUUGCAAGGCAGAGCAGAGCGUGACGAAUGCAACCCGUUUACGUUUGUCGAGAUCAAUGGUAUGAAGCUGCCCGACGCCGAAGCCGCAUACAGCCUGCUCUGGUCAGCCCUCAGUGGUGGAGAACGCGUUGGACCAAAAACGGCUCUCAAACAGCUUUCGGCUCACUUUGGUUCCGGCGCAUCUUCCUCUCUGGCAAAGGGCGGUCGGCGAAAGGGAACGAAUGGAUCCGCCUUUGAGUCGGGAGCAGGCGGACCGGCGAGGGCCGCGACCGUGGUCCUGAUGGAUGAGCUGGACCAGCUCGUCACGACGCGCCAAGACGUCAUGUACAACAUGUUCAAUUGGCCCAACACGCCUGGAUCUCGUCUCAUUGUCGUUGCCGUUGCCAACACGAUGGAUCUGCCGGAGAGGGUUCUCAAUCCCAAGGUCGCGUCCAGGCUGGGCAUGACGAGAAUCACUUUCAUGCCCUAUACAGAUCGCCAGCUUGUGGAAAUUGUUGAGAGCCGGCUUGGCUUUACAUUCGACCAGGAGCAGAGCGAGGCUAACGGCGAAAACGACCGAGCCAAGUUGGUAGUACGUGGCUGCAAAGACGUUUUCACCCGUGACGCCCUCACGUACGUCUCGAAGCGCGUCUCAAAUGUGUCGGGCGACGCGCGCAGGAUGCUCGAUGUGUGCCGACGCUCCGUCGAGCUGGUCCAGCAGCAGGGACCGGCUGACCGCAGCGUGUCAAUCGGCGAUGUGCGGAAAGUUCUCGACGCAAUGGUCAAGACUGGAAAGGUGUCGCACAUUGUCUCGCUCUCUCUGCAUGCCAAGAUCUUGCUCCGAAGCCUGCUGAGCUGCGUCAGAAAAACAGGCCUGACCGAAGCCGCAUGGGGCGACGUAGUUGCGCAUCACAAUAUUCUCUGCAGAAUGCAGGCCAUUCACGGUUCGCACAGCGGCUCCGCCAGCCAGAACAAUGGCUUCUCUGUUCAGGACCUGUCUAGACCACUGGCCAGCCUUUGCGGCCUUGGUCUCGUCGUAUGCGUCGGUGGCGGAUUCAACCCCGGCAAGCUAGGAAUUCACUCUAAGCUCCUUUUGGCCUGUCAGGAAGACGAGAUCCGGCUUGCACUCGAACAAGAUAAGGAUGACCGGAUUCGAAGGAUGCUUUAGUUACUCUCAAAUAUACCAUCAUCGUAUCGCACCUCAUUGUCAUACUCUAUGAAUUUAUUUGUAUUACGCC